AUGCACACUGCUCUCAUUUAUCGGUAUGCUUCAGCAAUAGUUAUUUAUACAUUAUCCCAAACCAAAAAUCUCACACCAGCCAAAAUGCAAUUUUUAUCAUUAGCUAUUGCUACUCUCUGUGCAUUUGCAGCUAGCGUUUCGGCGCAGUCUCCAAAGCUGUACACUCUCAUUACCAGCAAGCAAUAUGGAUUGAAUCUCACACACAAUUCCGAUACCGGUGCCGUCGAAUUUGAGAGAGGCAGCUUCUAUAGGCAUUGGACUGAUCAUCCAGUAACUCAGGGAGCCCACAACUGGCACUGUUUCCGAGCAAGACAAAAAUACGAACUGGAUAUCAUUUACUGGGUCCGCUUCCAAAAUUAUGUAGCUGGACAAUCUGCAACGGCACCCCAAACUUAUGGCUAUCCUCCUUCGCUAUUCGACGUUGAAAUGGACGGAGAUGUCAGCUAUCUAAUCUCUCUUGAGACUCCAAAUCCUGGGGAAAGACUAGCCUGGACUAUUGAACGGAACAAUGCGACGGGGAAUGGCGAGUUAAAAUUACAAACCUAUAAGAGGUCGCCUAGCCAGCAAUUCAUCAUAACUCAAGAGCCAGGAGAUGAUGAGUUUCCUCCCAGGAUACAAUAG